UCAUAUGAACUCAUGCUGUAGCUCGGAGACUACAGUGCAUCAGCUACGUGUAACACAGCACUUUUCCCGCGGAGCUGACAACGAUUUGUUCAUGCUACAGGUUGGUCUGCCCUUGUGGACCUUUAUCUUUUGUGGAUUUUGAACAACUCAUGAAUUAUGCCACUGUUGCUUAUGUUGUAAAGGUUACUAAAAUCGAUAUGUUUACCAGCCACAUGUGUAACUUCCUGAGUUUGAUUUUUGCGGAUUUUAUCCCACUAGUGCUGGUGAGAACCUGGUGCGUCAAGGUGCGCCUGUUCUGAUCUCAUCUCAUCCGUUACUCGCUCAUGUGUUUUAUCUAGCAUUGUUUUUGUAUAAUGGCAAAAAAUCGGAGCGUUUUUGCAGGCAAGACACGUUAUACAUAAAAUGAUGUGUUCGAACUGUCAUCGCGCACUGAAUGAAUGGUUAAAUUAAAGCGUAAACGCCGUGUCUAAAUGCAGAUAAAACGUGUAGAGUGAGUUGCUUGGCAAGUGUUUGCGGCAACAUGGGUCACACGUGCAUGUUCAAACAUAAAGCGAAUUGACAGCGCGCGUUUAUAAAGGUGCGUCAUUUCAUCUGGGAGUCCGCGUCUCGCGCGGUCCUUCUGGAGCCGGAGGGCGCGCGGCAUCUCCAGGAUCAGAUGCUCAAACUCAGGUUUGAUUCUGAUGCACACCGUGGUCGUAAUAGGACACUGAAACUUUCAAAUUAACAUUUAGGUUCUCCUAUAAUUGCUGCUUGACAAACAAUGGGGUACAGUGAAGAGAUAGUGUGUGGUGUAGACGGGUAUGGGAUUGUAUAAUGUGGUAUUGGGUAGUGAUGAGUAAGGAAUUGAAAGUAUGUAUGGAAAAAGAUUGCAUACACAGUAAAAAAAGGUUUUGUUUGGUAACCUAAAAUUCAAUUAAGUGGUUUUACUCAAGUCAGAAAUGCUAUUUAAUAUGAAUAAACCAUUCUAACAUAUUAGGCUACACCAUCCAAAGUAAUUGUUGUGGGUUAUAUCAAGUAGAUAUAGAUCCUUGUAACAUAUUUCAUUGUAUAGUAUAGUGUAGUAUAGUUUAGUAUGCAAUUUUGAGUUUAGAAUUUCAGGUAAUUCAAUUAUGCGCAGUUGUGCAUGCACCUUUCCCUUUCCCGAUACACCUGGAAACAGGACUCUGAGGACAUCAGUUUCCAUAUGCGUCACCAUCGUCUUGGAAAUCAAGGUGACGCGCCUUUUUAUCUCUGGACCAAACCAACCAACAGUGCUGAAAAAUGAAGAUCUGUGUUGCUUUAAUUGUAAAAGUAGCUGCUCUUGCCAUUGCUCAGGCUGUCUGUCCAGAUAAGAUACCUGGUUUACAACCCUGGAACCCCGGUCACAACGAGGCCCAUCAAGUUACCAUCGGUUACGGCCGGAAAGUCAUCCUUACCUCCUCUGCAACCGUCCAUUCCAUCGAGAUCCUCAGUGGAGGGAAGCUUGUGAUAGCAGAUACCAAUCGACCCAUUUUGCUGCGAGCUAAGCACAUCCUCAUCGGGAACAAAGGCGAACUUCACAUCGGCAGUCCAGAUUGUCCUUACAAAGGCAACCUCACCAUCUCUCUCUUUGGCAGGUCUGAUGACAGUGAUGACCAGCACAGUUAUUUUGGCCGAAAGUACAUUGGUGUCGGAACUGGAGGAACAUUAGAGAUCCACGGAGAACAGAAGCUGUCAUGGACGUUCCUAAACAAAACACUCCAUCCUGGGCAAGGCAGUGAGAACAGUUACCACUUUGAGAGGAGCUGGGGCAACAGAGGCAUCAUCAUUCAUGUCAUCAACCCAAAAACUGGGGAGGUGCUACACUCUGAUAGGUUUGACACAUAUAGGAGCAAGGAUGAGAGCAGGCGACUGGCCCAGUAUGUAGACGAUGUGGAAAAUGGGCAGAUCUUGGCUAUGGUGGUUAAUGAUGAAGGAUCCAACAACCUGGAGGAUUUGGCUAAAAAGUCUCUCACAAAACUGGGCAGUCGGCACUUCCAUCGACUUGGCUUCCGGCAUCCUUGGAGUUUUAUUACAGUGAAGGGCGAUGCCUCGUCUGCGGUCGAGGAUCACGCUAUCUAUCAGGGAACCAAGGCUUCUUCUGAGGCAAGGAGCUCACGGGUGUUCCAGUCAGGUUACGGAGAGCAUUUUAACAUCACCACCAUCAGUCAGUGGGUACAAGAAGCUGAGUGGACAGAGUGGUUUAACCGCGAUGACGAGAGGGGGUCAGGGGACUGGGAGAAACUGUCCGAACUCCACAAAGCUUUUCCAGAGCGUCUGUGCAGUAACCCCUUAGAUAUUGAGGCAGAAACUCUUGACGGCAUCCCUGCCAACAUGACAGGAGAAGUUUUCUCCAAGUUUGACAGAAACUACGGCUUUGUGUGCCUCAACAAAGACCAAGUGGACAGGAUUUGCCACAACUACCAUGUGCGUUUCCUGUGCGGCAAACUUGUGCGUCCACAGGCUUCCAUCUCCAUAGACACCCUGUCUAACUGCAGUAUUCUGGAUCUGGCGGACGAACCUCACGGCUGGACGUUUGGUGACAGGAUCGUGGUGGCCAGCACAGACUACUCCAUGCACCAAGCGGAAGAGUUCAGCAUCCUGCCUUGCCCCUCGUGCUCAAGGAACCAGAUCAAAGUAGAAGGUAAACCAACGUACCUUCACAUGGGAGAGGAGGUGGAUGGCGUGGACAUGCGUGCAGAAGUGGGGCUAUUGAGCCGCAACAUCCUCAUCAGAGGCGAGAUGCAGCCCACCUGUUACGGCAACGAUGCCUGCAAAUUCUUCUCAUUUGACACUUUCGGUGGACAUCUCAAGAUGGAGCGAGGUUUCCGCUCGGUGCAUGUGGAAGGGGUGGAGUUAAAGCAUAUGGGACAGCAGUCUUUGGGACACUACCCCGUUCACUUCCAUAUGAACGGGGACGUAGAUCAGAAAGGAGGCUACUACCCACCUACUUAUGUGAAAGAUUUGUCCAUUCAUCACUCCUUUUCCCGAUGUGUCACCGUUCACGGCUCCAACGGGCUACUGGUGAAGGACGUGGUGGGCUAUGAUGCUUUAGGACACUGCUUUUUCACUGAGGAUGGACCGGAGGAAAGGAACACAUUCGACCACUGUCUGGGUCUACUGGUGAAGGCGAGCACACUGCUGCCCUCCGACAGAGACAGCAAGAUGUGCCGAGACAUAACGAACGGAGCUUUUCCUGGAUACAUAGCCAAACCUCGCCAGGACUGCAGUGCCACCUCUACCUUCUGGAUGGCUAACCCCAAUAACAAUCUCAUCAACUGUGCUGCAGCCGGCUCCGAGGAAACGGGAUUCUGGUUCAUUUUCCACCACAUCCCUACCGGGCCAUCAGAGGGCAUGUACUCCCCUGGCAAAACCGAGCAUACACCCAUGGGUCUCUUCAUGAAUAACAGAGCUCACUCCAAUUACAGGGCAGGAAUGAUCCUCGACAAUGGUGUGAAGACCACAGAGGCUAACGCAAAGGACAAGAGGCCCUACCUUUCCCUAGUAGGAGCUAGGUAUGGCCCACACCAGGACGCAGACCCCUUCAAACCAAGAGUUCCUGCUCUUAUCCACCACUUCGUGGCCUACAAAAACCAGGACCAUGGUGCAUGGCUGAGGGGAGGUGAUGUUUGGCUGGACGAUUGCCAGUUUGCUGAUAAUGGAAUCGGCCUCACUCUCGCCAGUGGUGGAACAUUCCCUGAUGAUGACGGCUCCCGUCAGGAGGUGAAGAACUCGCUUUUUGUGGGAGAAAGCGGGAACAGAGGAAUGCCCGACCUGGAUGAUCAAACCUGGGGACCGGGUGGCCCCGAUCACCUCAGCAGGUCUAUUCCAAGAGGAGUGGACUUCCCUAUUCGUGGAAUGCAAAUCUAUGACGGGCCAAUCAACGUCCAGAACUGCACGUUCCGCAAAUUCGUAGCUCUGGACGGACGGCACACCAGUGCUUUCGGAUUCCGCCUGAACAACUCGUGGCAGAGUUGCCCUAACAACAACGUCACUGACAUCACCUUUGAUGACGUGCCGAUCACCUCACGUGUGUUCUUUGGUGAGCCGGGCCCCUGGUUCAACAAAAUGGAAAUGGAUGGCGACAAAACAACCAUUUUCCAUGACAUUGAUGGCUCAGUGAGUGAAUACCCAGGUGCUUUCCUCGUCAAAGAGGACAACUGGCUCCUGCGACACCCCGACUGCAUUGACAUCCCGGACUGGAGAGCUGCCAUCUGUAGCGGGCGCUACGCCCAGAUUUAUGUCCAGACCCGGAACCCGGCCAACCUUAGCAUGAAGAUGGUAAAGGAUGAGUAUCCAGACAAGCCUCUGGAACUGGUUGGUGCUCUGGGAAAGAAGAACCACUACCAGCAGUUCCAGCCCGUUAUCACUCUGGGAAAAGGAUACACCAUGCACUGGGAUCAAGCGGCUCCUGCAGAGGUCACUAUCUGGCUCAUCAACUUUAACAGAAAUGACUGGAUAAAUGUGGGCAUCUGCUACCCCAGAGGCACAGCAUUCACCAUAAUCUCUGACAUCCACAACCGCCUCACCAAAGAGACAAGGAAGACGGGGGUGUUCAUGAGAACCACUCAGAGAGAGAAGAUGGGCCACUCACACCAGACAAGAGGAUAUUACUACUGGGAGGAGGACACAGGGCUGCUCUUCCUUAAAGUCAAAGCACACAAUGAGAAGGAAGACUUUGCUUUCUGCUCGGUAAAGGGAUGUGAACGAGUGAAGAUCAAAGCCGUUAUCCCCGCUGGCAGCGGUCCCAGUGACUGUAUAGCCGAAGCCUACCCCAAACAUGCCGAGAUGCCCAUUGUAGAUGUGCCUUUGCCCAAGAAACUGCCCCGCUCAAGACUGCCUCAUACACCAGAGCACUUCCUUGAAGUCAAGCUAGAGUCAUAUAACACACGUUUCUUCCACAUCAAAGAGGACUUCGCCUAUACUGAGGUAAAUGGUAAGAAGCUCUACCAAUCAGAGGACGGUGUGCAUGUGACUGUGAUUGACGGCCACAGCGGUACAAUCCUGGAGUCUAAAGGCUUCAGGAACUCUAUACUACUGGGCAUUCCUGCUCAGAUAAAGAACUACAUCACAAACCUCAAAGACGAGUCAGUGGUUUUGAUCACCUCUAAGGGAAGACUGGUCACCAGGGGGCAAUGGACCAAAGUUCUUGAGACCCUUGGAGCAGACCCGACAGUGAGGUUGAAAGAUAAGCUAGCCUUCGUUGGCUUCAAAGGUUCCUUCCGGCCAGACUGGGUGAGGAUGACUGUUGAUGAAGACCGGGCCAAACUUCACCAAGUGCUACCCAUUCCAGUGGUUAAGAUGAUAAAGCUAUGAAAACAAGCAGCAUGCCCUUGGAAAAAUCAGACUCUCAGUAACACCACUGCCGGAGGAGCCAGCUGCGCCCACACAGCCAGGACUACUGAACCUAAAGGACCAAUCAGAACCGAGCAUGUCUUCAUGUUACCUAGCAACCCCUCCCAGCAGAUUCCAUUGUAUGUGACAAUGUGGAUGUUAAGUGAUUUUUGGAUUGUGGCGUCAAUUGAUUAUACUUGAGUUUUUAACACAAGAAAAAAGAAGAAAAAUUAAAAACAAACAUGUAACAUUCCUCGUUUUUGUCCCUCUCAGUGAUGUUUGCCUUCAUGUUAUCCCGAACAAGGUGUUUUUCUAAAUAUGUUAAAAAAAAAAAAAAAAGAGGAGGUUUAAGAUUGUAUAUGUUGUGAGGUUUCUUCAUUUUACUUUUCAUGCACAAGAGUUUUUGGUUGAUUUCGUUUGUGUUGUACGAGAGAGCCAGCGAAAAGCAAUGCAGUCUUAAAUUGAACGGCUUCGAAUCUGAGCAUUAGUAUAUGUCAGUCUAUCAUAAAAUGAUAAAAUCUGUGACAAAUUGGCUUUUCUUCCUUUUGGCAAGAAGUACGACAGUGUCCCUUUGCCGAAAUAGCUGGUCUUUUUUCGGAGAUUGUAAGUGUUUUGUAUGUUUUGUGUAUUUCUAAAAAAAUCCUGAUUGAUAACAGAGAUAUAUUUUAUAUUUAUUUAUUGUACAGGCACUAUUACACAAAUCCAGAAGGGAUAUCUUUUAAGGGACUCCUAAGUUGUAAUGUAUUUCUGUCCUAUCUGUAAAAACUCUCACUUUAGUGUAUAAUUCAAAUAUACAGGACUUUAAGUUGUAUAUGGAUGUGAUGUAAAUGUAACUGAUUUCAAAGUAAUAAAAAUGUAUUACUUUACAUAAACAAAAUAAAGACUUUUGUAC